ACGCACGUGCGUGCAGGCGGGCGCGCUGCGAAGACGCGCCCGGCUGGUUUCGCGAGAAAAAGUUAGCUUUUGAUCGAAGUGCCGCUCAUGGAGUCACCGUUGCUUGGAGUGCGGACGCUGGUUCUCACGGCAGCUGCUCUGCUUAGUGGUGUCUGCGCGAACUGGGACGACUGGUGGACGUACGAAGGCAUUUCUGGUCCAGACUUCUGGGGUAGACUGAACCCUGCGUGGAGCCUGUGCAGCACGGGUAGGCGCCAAUCACCCAUCAACAUCGACCCUCAACAGUUACUCUUCGACCCCAGCCUCAAACCACUAUCGCUCAACAAGCACAGGGUCAACGGCGUGGUGUACAACACAGGCCAAAGCGUGGUGUUCCGGCUAGACCUGGCCGGCGACCCACUGGGAGUGAACAUCAGUCAGGGUCCCCUGUCUUACCAGUACAGAGUGUACGAGGUGCAUCUGCACUUCGGAAGGACCGACGACAGAGGAUCCGAACACUCCGUCUCUGGAUUCGCAUUCCCUGCAGAGCUUCAGAUCUUCGGCUACAACUGCGACCUCUACUCCAACGUAUCCGAGGCUCGGCAACGCGCUCAAGGCAUCGUAGCAUUAGCAGUUAUUAUCAAGGUUAGCGAUACUGCUAACUUGGAGCUACGGCUUCUGACGAGUCAACUUCUACAAAUAGGGUACAAAGGUUCUCACGUUCCAGUACAGUCCCUCUCCAUCAGGGAACUCCUACCGGAUACAGACGCGUACAUGACGUACGAAGGGUCCAUGACGACGCCCGGAUGUGACGAAACAGUCACGUGGCUGGUGAUGAACCGACCGCUGUACAUGACGCGGCAGCAGUUGUUCGCCACGAGAAAACUUAUGCAGGGGGACACCUUUCAUCCAAAGGCUCCCCUGGGAAAUAACUUCAGGCCGACACAGCCCUUACAUGGCCGUGUUGUGAGAACCAAUAUCGACCUUCUGCGAGCAGAGGACAAGGACUGCCCGUCGAUGCAGGCCAAAAAGUUUUACCAGGCCAAUUUCGACCUGUUCACGCGGUAGCAGCGACUUCCAAGUACUCAUCAGAGGUAUCGGAGGUAUCGCCUCCCGUCGGUACAUCAUGCCAUGGCCUACGACUCGCCCCGGGAUAUCAACUCGCAGGGGGAGAAAUACCCUAGAACAAGACCACCCGGAGAAGCCAAGUACAGACUGAUGGGGCCAAAGGUUGCAACUUCCAAACGGUGCGUACCACGUGAUGGACACCAGAUGGACAACGGAUGGUGCCGGACAUGAACGUCUAGUGGUGCACUCCCGGAGACGUGAUUAGCCUACGUGGUUUCCCGUUCCGUAUUCCAAGCAUAGAUUUAGGAAUUAUGUGAAUAAAGCGGUUGAACAGAAUG